AUGCCGGUAAUUCUGUACACGCUGCCAGCUUUUCUGCACAUGGCUAUCGCAAAAUCCCGAGCAUUUAAUAUACUGACGGUUGUUUAUGCAAUAGCGACUGCAUGGGACAAAUUUUUGAGGGCACUGGUGGAUUUAUGCUUCAUAAAGCCGCUUAAUGAACCUCUCGUCGAAUGUUUUCGACACAUCUGUCGCAGAACAAAAGUGGAACGCUUGUCGCCGGCAGCAGUAUUCGUACAAAAUGGCCAAAGCCGUUCAAGGACCGUGAUCAGUAGCAAUGUUCAAUUAGUUCCAAUUGAUUAA